AGUCACAUGAUUUGCUGCGCUGCCAAUAAGGAAGAAAUGGCCGCUCACUUGUCGUACGGUAGAGUGAAUUUAAACAUAUUGAGAGAAGCAGCACGAAAAGAACUUCGGGAGUUUUUGGACAAAUGUGCGGGAAGCAAGGCCAUAGUUUGGGAUGAAUAUCUAACGGGACCUUUUGGACUAAUAGCUCAGUACUCUCUACUGAAGGAACAUGAAGUGGAAAAGAUGUUCACCCUCAAGAGUGGGAGGCUUCCCCCUGCUGAUGUCAAAAAUAUCAUCUUCUUUGUCCGGCCCCGACUGGAGCUUAUGGACAUUAUUGCAGACAAUAUAACCAGUGAGGAUAGGCACCAUUCAUCCCGAGACUUUCAUAUCUUGUUCGUGCCCCGGCGGAGCAUGCUGUGUGAACAGCGGCUGAAGGAGCAGGGCGUGCUGGGCUCUUUCAUCAACAUCGAUGAGUAUAUCCUGGACCUGAUUCCCUACGAUGGGGACCUGCUCUCCAUGGAGUAUGAAAGUGCUUUCAGGGAGUGCUACCUGGAAAAUGACCAAACAAGCCUGUACCACACAGCCAAAGGUCUCAUGACCCUGCAGGCUCUGUAUGGCACCAUUCCACAGAUAUACGGGAAAGGAGAUUGUGCACGGCUUGUUGCCAACAUGAUGUUGAGAAUGAAGAGAGAGUUUGCUGGCAGUCAGAAUCAGAUCCUGCCCGUGUUUGAUAGUCUUCUUCUCCUUGAUCGUAACGUUGACCUGCUCACCCCUCUGGCCACGCAGCUCACCUAUGAGGGUCUCAUUGAUGAGAUUUAUGGAAUCAAUAAUGGUUAUGUCAAGCUGCCUCCUGAGAAGUUUGCGCAGAAGAAGCAAGGUGAAGCGAGUAAAGAUUUACCAACAGAGCCCAAGAAGUUACAGCUCAACUCAGCAGAGGAGCUGUACGCAGAAAUCCGGGACAAAAAUUUUAAUGCUGUUGGAGCAGCACUCAGCAAGAAGGCCAAAAUAAUAUCUGCUGCCUUUGAGGAGCGCCAUAAUGCUAAAACAGUGGGCGAAAUAAAGCAGUUUGUCUCUCAGCUGCCUCACAUGCAGGCAGCGCGAAGCUCUCUGGCUAACCACACUUCUAUAGCCGAGCUGAUCAAAGACAUCACAACGUCCGAGGCCUUCUUUGAUAAUCUAACAGUGGAGCAGGAAUUUAUGACUGGUGUGGACACAGACAAGGUGAACACGUAUAUAGAAGACUGUAUUGCCCAGAAGGAUCCCCUGAUCAAAAUCCUGCGUCUGGUGUCUAUGCAGUCAGUCUGCAACAAUGGCCUCAAGCACAAGGUGUUGGACUACUACAAGAGAGAGAUUCUCCAGACCUAUGGUUAUGAGCACAUGCUCACGCUAAACAACCUAGAGAAGGCUGGUCUUUUGAAGCCACAGACAAGCUCGCGGAAUAACUACCCCACUAUUAGAAAAACCCUUAAACUGUGGAUGGAGGAUGCCAACGAGCAGAACCCCAACGACAUCUCAUAUGUGUACAGUGGCUACGCUCCACUUAGCAUCCGCCUGACUCAGAUCUUGGCGCGACCUGGGUGGCGCAGCAUCGAAGAGGUGCUGAAAAUGCUUCCCGGCCCCCACUUUGAGGAGAGACAGCAGCUUCCUUCUGGGCUUCAUAAGAAACGUCAGCAGGGAGAGAAUCGGACAACGCUGGUGUUCUUCCUCGGUGGAGUGACGUAUGCAGAAAUAGCCGCUCUCCGUUUCCUCUCCCAGGUGGAAGACAGCGGGAUGGAGUAUGUUAUAGCCACCACGAAGCUCAUAAAUGGCACAACUUGGAUCAAAUCCCUCAUGGACCGCCCUGAAUGCCAGGCACAAUGAGUCACCUGCACGUACACCUGGCCACAUCAAACAGCCCAUGUACCAGAAAAGCUCAGCUGCUCUUUUGGGGUUUUUUUUUUUUAUGUCUACAUCACUGUACUGCAGGUGUUUCAUUGAUGUCUCUUGUAGUUAAACAGUAGCCGACUCUUUAAAACGCACCCUGUGAAAAUUUAUUGUAAACAAAGUUAUGUCAGCAGUACCAACUGUGACACUGCAGUUUUAUCCAUGUUCAAGAUCCACUCAUAGAAAUAUUGCUCCUAACCUUUAUCUGCCACCAACUGUAUAUAAAAGACUGAUGAAGCCACAGUGACGUCACCCUUUGGUUUGUGAAGCCUCGUGUUUGUAUCGGCUAUUGCCAUCUCAACUUUUUUAUUUUAUUUUAUUUGUUAAACUUAAUGUGUUUACUGUGGGGUAGAUCUUAUAGGAUAGUAACUUGCCCAUCAAGGUAGCUCUAAAGCAUACCCAGCUUUAUCCUCUGAUUUGUUUCAAACAAGACACUAAUUUACAAAAUUAAACAUGUUUUUCUUUAAAAAGAGGAAAAAAAAAAAAAAAAAG